GGAAGUCCUAGGGUAUUCAGCCGACACCUCAAGAGCCUAGAGCUGUCAGACCUUGGUUUUGAAUUACUUAUAAAAAUUAGCUGGCUGCACAUUGAAUGUGCAGCCAGCUAAUUUACAUAAAAUUUUUUCGCGCCUCAAAGCUCGUCAUGGAUAAAUAGAAUCUACCUAUUCCAGAGGUGCGACAGCACAUUUCCCAUCUCAGAAAUGUAGCUAACUCUGACAUGCAGACAGUUCUGUAUUAAUUAUAGUUGAAGCAUUGAAACAAGAAUUCUCACUCUAUCAUCAUCAGUCAACCAAUCAUCAGUAAUAAUUAAUGAUAUUUAAAUACAAUGUUAAUCAAUCAGUCAGUCAAUCAAUCAAUCAAGCAAUCCUCAAUAAUUUUACCAGGUAACCGCCUGUCCAUUAUAAUGAGUUUUCAUUGAAAAAAUUAUUUUGUUCAUUUACAGGCUCACAUAUUUCAUUGUAUCCAAGCUUGAAUUUUGUUGUUUACGUGCCUUCUCAGAGACAAACACCUCUUUAUAUGAGAAUCAAGGAUGGUGAGAGAUUAAUAUACAUAGCUGUUAAAUAGUUAAAAACAAAACAUAAAACUUAAGAUCAUUUUAUUCAACUUUUUGUUUGAAUUAUUACAAAAGUGUCUUAUUUUUAGUCUUAUACACAGCCCUGCUGUUGACAUCAGAGAACAUCCCCUAGUGGUUUCAAAAUCCAACUAAAGCAGUCUUCUGUUCAGCUCAGCAGCUGUAGCAGGCCUUUCUCAUACGUUUAACCUUAAACCUUUAUUCAUACCAGUCCUUUAGUUACAGAAUCUCACCUACGUCUGCUGUCAGCUUCCUGCCUGAGGGUUCCUAGAAGAUGAACGUACAUGGGACCCUUAUCAAUGCCAUGCCUUUCGAUUCCCUGACACUUCUUAGUCUUUCUGAGCCAGUUUUUCUUUCACCCCACUUUAAGCUCCGAUCUCUUUUCUUUUUAUAUCUGUCAAGGGCAGCAAAGCAGUAGCAAUGCAUUCUUGAGUCCACAAUGUGGUGGAAUCAUGAUUUGCAAUCUUCAACAGACUGCACUAACGAACAGUACCAGACCACAGUGGAUAGAGGUUGAUAUGAAUCCCGUUAUGAACACAUUCCUGGCUCAACUGAAGCUGUUACUGGGAGUUAUGCCUGUGGUAAGAAUUCAACUUUUUUCCAUUCUCACUGACUUUUAUACUUUUUCACAGCUUACACCCCCAAAACUAGUCUCCCACAUGGCCAUUUUUGUCUGCUCACGGAUUGUCCUUCAUGAUGAUUGUCUUGUCUUGUUCCUUUGUUCCCUAAACCUUAAUUCCCUUGUUCCUUAUUCCUUUGUUAUCUUGUUCCUUUGUUUCCUUCUUCCCUUGUUUCUUUGUUGUUUUGUUCUCUUGUUCCUCUCGUUCCCCUUUCUCUCUUGUUUCCCAGUUCCCUUGAUACCCCUGUUCCCCUGCUGCUUUGUCCCCCCUCUUCCCCUGUUUCCUUGCUCCCCCUGCACCCCUUGUUCCCUUGUUCCCUCUGCUCCCCUUGUCCCCCCUGUUCCCCGGUUUCCCUUGUUUUCCUUUUCCCCCUGUUCCCAUUGUUUUCCCUUUUCUCUUUAUUCCCCUGUUCCUUUUGUUCCCCCUGUUCCUCUUGUUCCCCUUGUUCACCUGUUCCUCUGUUUCCCUUGUUCCCUCAGUUUCCCUUGUUUUCCUUCCCCCCUGUUUCCCUUUUUCCCCAUGUUCCUCCUGUUACCCCUGUUCCCCUUGUUCCCCUGUUUCCCCGUUCCUCUGUUUUCCUUGUUCCUCUGUUCCUCUGGUUUCCCUUGUUUUCGUUUUACCCCUGUUCCCCUGUUUUCCUUAUCAUGUCUUGUCUUUUCUUGCAAUGUCUUGUCUUGUGUUGUCUUGUGUUGUAAUGUUAUUUCUUGUCGUCUUCUCUGGUCUUGUAAUAUCUUGACUUGUCUUUUCUUGUUAUGUCUUGUAAUAACUUGUCAUGUCUCGUCUUGUAAUGUCUUCUCAUGUCUUGUAAUAUCUUAUUUAUCUUGUCUUGUAAUGUCUUGUCUCAUCUUGUAUUUCUUUUCUUGUCUUGUCAUUUCAUGUAAUGUCAAGUGUCUUGUCUUGUAAUGCCUUGCCUUGCCUUGUAAUGUCUUGUCUUGUAAUUUCCUAUCUUGUGUCAUCUCAUCUUGUCUUGUAAUGACUUGUCUUGUCUUGUCUUGUCUUGUAAUGUCUUGUCUUGUAAUGUCAUGACAUAACUUGUCAUGUCUUGUCUUGUUUUGUAAGGUCUUUUCUCCUAGUUCUUGUCUUGUAAUGUUUUUGUCCUGUCUUGUAAUGUCUUGUCUUGGAGCAUUGCGUGAUGAGGCAAAAUCGCCUACAAGAGGAGGUUUCUUAAAAAGCAAUAAGUUUGAUUAUAGUCUUUUUAUAUUAGAGUUUUAGGUCUCCUAUCAGUCUAAAUACACAUGUCUUUGAAACAGAUUAAAAAUGCGACUGAAUAUUCUCUUCGGCUUUCUAGCUUAAGAUAAUCCAACCUAACUGAUUGUCUAAAUGUCAUUUUGAUUCAUGCCCGUAAUAGGUUAUUCAUUUCUAAAAACGAUUUAUGCUGCCUCUUUUUCCAAUUUCGUUUUGCUCCAAAUGAAUACAAUAAAUUUUAUUUUAACCAUUAUUUCCUUUUUUAAAGAAACUUGUAGAUGGCGUUGAAGUAAGAUUCCCAAAAGAUGUUGGAAUAACACAGUGGGUAAUGACCAUUAAUGUAGUUGUUUCUUUGUUAACCCUUCAAGUCCCAAGAGUGACCACCCUCAAUUUUCCCCUAACAAUCUCCAUACAUUGUCAAAAAAUAAGGUUAUGAGAAUUAAUAAAAGGAUCAGUAAAGGGAAAAGUCCUUGAUCUUUUGUUAAAUUAUCUCAACUAAAUUUGGAAGGAAAUGUAUGGAUAUCAGUUUGGAGAAUUUGUAUGUGGAGAAUUAAGUGUAGAUUGUAAGCAGUCUCCUCUUUGUCUGAUUUAACAAGGCAAUAAUUGCUCGCCCGCGCCAGUGUCGAAGCCACGAGGCCAGCGAAUCGAGGGUCGCAGCCUCUCCCGUCUUACGCCUUCCGUCUCGCGCGUGGUCAUUUUCGUGUCUCACGCAGACAGACUGAGAAAAAAAUUACUUCUCUUAGUCUUAACUUAGCCUCUAGUUAUGGUUAAGGUUUUACUGUACUCACAGGAACAGGAGUCACUGAUGAGACGGAAAACAUUGGAAUAUCUUGCCACCUCCACCAUCACGCUAACAUCCCUCGCCCAGCUGUUGGGAAAAAUCAGCAACAUGGUUAUUAAUGAUCACAUUCAACAGCAAGUGCAACAGGCGCUGCAUGCAGUCCAUCAGGUGUGAAUAAUAUCCUAUCAUAUUCACCUCAACUGCCCGCCUUCCCCUUUCCUGAGUCAACAUUUUGCCCUAAGUGAGAAGUAAGUCUUUAUGUGGGCUUCGGGGAGGGGUAAGUGGGCAGUUUCCCAGAAACGUGUAAUGAUAUUGUUUUACUGUAGAAUUUUAUAACGCAAAGGUUUUAUCUACACAUAUAUCUGAAAAUUUGGUGAAACUUCUCCUUUGGGACAGCCCUAUUAAGAGGACACCCAAUUCAAGGAACAAACAUUUUGUUCCCGAAAAAAAAAAAAAUUCUACAUGUAUCAGUGAGUACUGUUGAAGGGAUUCCUCGAUUUAGGGGAGACAUGUGCUGAUCCUGAGUUAGUCCCCUAACGAAGGCUCGUCUGUGUAAUCUUUGUAUCAGCCACCUCUAUUGGAUGGACACCCCUAUUAGAGGAACACUUUUUCUGGUCUGUAGAAUAUCCCCUAAAUAGAAGCUCCUCUCUUGGGGAAAAAAGCGAAGCGCACAAGUCAAAUUUUCAAAACACUUUGUAAAAGAUUUCUUUAACUGGCUCCGAAAAUGUAACUUUGUAGUCUUCUUUUCUGUUCUUAUUUACUUUUUUCGCUGCUUGCUUCGUUGCAUCCUCCAAAUCUCUUGCUCCUUGCCAAGAAAAGAAAGCCUCGGCUGGUUGCGAAGGAGAUUGGAGGUUUACACUCAGUCCUAAUGAGUGUGAACAUUUAUCUUCUCUUUUUGUGGUAGUUUUUUGGUUGUUGAGGACGGAUGCAAUCAGCAAAUGACUGAAAAGGCAUUGAACAAUACCCACAUCACACCACAGCAGCUAAAGGUGAUGUUACACAGGACGAUUCGACGCGACGAUUUUUUGUACAACACAUCGUUGCAAUGUUGGAACAAUGUUGUAAGCAUUCGAAACAAUGUCGCAACAAUAUUGCAACGCUCUGUUGCGCUAAAAAUGGUCGUUUCGAAUCGUCUCGUGUAAUAUCACCCUAACUUUCAAGAGUUAAACACCCGGGGAGAUACCCCCACAUCGUAAAAUCCCUUGUUAAGCCCUGGGCUUAUAUAACUUCGUAAGGCGUUUUGGGUGGGCUUAUAAACGGGGGGCGUAUAUCCGUGGGGGCGGGGGGGGGGGCUUUAACCUCCUAGGGGGGGGGGGGGGGGGGGGCUUUAACCUCCUUUAUCUUCAUUUUUCUAAAUUCAAAUAUAACUGAAUGUUUUCUUUACAAACGCUUUUUUUUUGUAGUCUGUAACAGCCCUUGAGCACGGAAAUCUGACCGUAGCCGUUCUAACUGCCAAGACAGCCAUCAAAUCUUCGGGUCAGUAUAAAUCUUUUUUUUCCUUUUUUUUUUGUACGAAGUAGCGCCGAACGCCCAAACUUCUGCCCUCUCUCGAUUUAAGUGUGUUCUUUUACAAACUACCAGAAGUAGAUAUUACUGGUGACAGGAAUGCCAUCUCGGGUGUUAUCCAUAUAUCAUCUGUUAGUGACAACUUUGUUCUUUACUUUCUUUUAAGAUAUGGUGAGCUCCGUCUAUUCUAGCUUGCGUAGCAAGGGCUUCCGUUUGGUUUGGGAUCAAAGAAAGACCGAGGAAUGGGAUUUUCGGUUUUGGUCGCGCGAGAAAUGAAACGAGAGCCAUUUUUCGCGCCGUCUUUGGCUCUCGUUCCGGAAACGCUUGCUACGCGGGCUACAUCCAUUCCUAUAUGAUAAAAUUCUGGUUAAAUGAUAAGCGAUACCAUGACGUUACAUUCUCACUUGUGAUCAACUCAGUGUCCUUCUUUCUUUCAGAGGAAGCAUUUUUUGACCCAUCAAUACUUGAGCUUUUGUAUUUCCCUGACGAUCAAAAGUAAGCAGUUAUAUUUUUAACUCUUUUUUAUUAUUGUUACCAAUUAUCAGAGUGAUUUUACUUCACCUACGAAGCAGGUACUAACAACUAGAGCAAAAUAGCUCCAAGUAAACUAAAGAAGACAAUGGUAAUAGGUAGUAAUUAUAACUACUACCUAUUUCACGGGUUAAGUACAAUCCCUGACUCUAACGGUAAUAUGGUUUAUUUCUUUUUUCUCGCAGGUACGCCAUCUACAUUCCUCUGUUUCUCCCCAUCAGCCUUCCAGUUUUGUUGUCUCUUAGACAAGCAAUAAUUUGGUACAGAGGAAAAGACGAUGAAGACAGCAAGGACGAGAAAAAAGAUAAGCAAGAAUAACUUAUUGAUGAUGUCAUGGUCAUCUCCGGAUAAAACAAGAUGAAUGUGAUAUCUGAAAGCCGCUUGUUUUUGCCCAUAUCGUGUGACCAUCUCGUUUUCUCGAUCAAGAAAUUUUGCUUCGCAUUGUCCCUGACGGAUAGUAAAGAACCCUUUCGACGAGCUUGCACGGGUACUUGCGACAAAUUUGCUAGGAUAACCGUGAGAUGGACUAUUAUCCCACCUAGAAGGGGUAGCAAUUCUCGUAAUAAGUCCCGUUAGUUUUGGGAUCAUUUGUGCCUUUUAUGGUGACCACGCAAUUUCCGUACGCGAUGCGUUGGACAAGAUGAGUGGUAAAAACCACAUAAACCAGUCCUGUAAGGCUACGUUCACACUGUACGGGAUAGCUUUUGCACCAGAACGAAAAUUAUACCGAAUAGGGCUUCUGUUCACACACGAGAACGAUAAUUUCGGCGCGAUUUCUGUAACGGAGCAAAGCUGCACCGCGCCGAUCUUGAGAGUGGAGAAUCACCUUUCGGAUAAGUGGUGUUCAUACUAUACCGGAUAGAUUUCUUGUCGGCAUAAAAGGCUAUCCGGUUUUGAGUGAACAUAGUCUAAAUCUCUGUUGAUGAGACACUCGAUUUGAGCCACUAAUCCAUCACGUCAUGGUGUCCUUACUGCAACCAAAGAAGGGAGAACAAUGAGGUAUUAAGCUGAUACGAUUCCAUUCUAUUACAGUUUAAGUGUCGGCCUGUUCGCGAAUAGACCUACAGUUCAAGCUUGGUCAAUGGCGCAUAUUCAUAUAAUAUGCCAUUUCCGAGCUGUCGCAAGCCUCUGUUUCAAAGUGAGGCUAAGUGCGACGCUGUUGAUAUGAAAAAUGAUUUUUUUUAUUCUCCUGCAACUGAAGCAAAACUCAUUUUCACAAGAAAGGUGUUGCACUUAGCCUCAUUUUGAGAAUGAUAGUUUUUGGAACUCGGAAAUGGACAAUAAACUUUUUUAUGAGAAUGUUGAUGCAGAGAAUGGGAAAAACUAAAGAACAUUCUAAGAUGAAGGAGAUAGCUCAGGGUGAAGUCAAGUUAAAAACAGUGUAUUCUAGCCGUUUAAACAUGAGCAAUAUAGAGAAAUUGUCACAACCAGUGCAUUAAAUGUUUACUGAACAUU